CAGGUUGUUGCUAAGGUUGUUAGCUAGUGAUUUCUCCAACUAGUCGUUUUGCCGUUUUUCAUCUCGAAAUCACAAAGCCCUGCAAACACCGCAUUACUUAAACAACGACGCAUGUAUGCAAGGAUGCAUCUGCAUUUUUAAAACCAAACAGCUUUGCUUUCUGCUCGGGUUAAGCAAACAGCGUCGGACUCCACAACCAACAUACAGGCGCAAAGUCGACGUCUGCUAACUUAGCAUCUUCGUACAGCAGCUGGCAUGUCAACAGUUUGCUGCAGGUUUUCUUACCGCAUCUCGUUGUUUUGGCAUGUCGUGGACUUAAACCGGUAUCGUUAAUGUCGAUGUAAAGUUAGCAAAUGUAGCUUUGCUUCAGAAAUCUGAGGCUCUAGAUACACGGGGCGAACAAGGUGGCAAAAUGAAACUGCAGAGAUUAACGACAGGAAGAUGUUUGUAACUUACCAUAGAUAACUACAACAUGGAGGGACAUAGCCUGGUGACUGAAAGGCCUUGCACACCCCUGCUCUUAUGACACCAACAGGGAGAUAUGGGCAUCCUCAGACUGGUAGUCAGAAUCAUGGGUAGGAUCAGUACUUUCCGGUCCUAUCAGUUUGUGCUUCUCCUCGCUGCUGCGCUUGCUGUGGCGGCUUUUUACUACUUCGGCUCAGAGAGGCAAAAUUUCUCAAGCACCACAAAGAGGAUCAAGCUGACCCAGGCCACACACAACACCAACAGAAACGAUGCAGAUUUAACUGUGGACACCAUUCUCUCACACAAAGAUGAAUCUGUGGAGCAUGGAGAGGAACAGCAAGAUCUGGGAGGAGAGAGCGAAGAAUUUAGGCCUGGGAAGGGAGAGAUUGGUGGCUCUGGUGACCAACAUUACCACGCACUCAUGAUGUUCACCAAGGUGGACAAAAGCCGGAGCCUGCAGGACAAGUUCAGAGUGGCAAUGUUGUCAAUGGUGAAGCACGGACAGUUCAUGGAAGGAGAGGUGUUGGUCCUUCAUUUUGUGAGCGAUCCGGCCAGCAAAGAACUGGGAGAAAAGAUGCUGCAGGAAUUUCUCCUUUAUGCAACAUUUAAGUAUGAGGUGUUGUUCCAUGACGUAGUAGAUCUCACACACAAGCUGUUCCCCAUCGUGGAGGCCAUGCAGAAGUACUUCAGUGCCGGCUCUGGUGCUUACUACAGCGACGCCAUUUUCUUCCUGUCUGUUGCCAUGCAUCAAAUCAUGCCUGAAAGUCUGACGCGCAUAGUGCAGCUUGACCUGGAUCUGAAAUACAGGACUAACAUCAGGGACCUUUUCAAAGAAUUUGACCGGUUUCCUCCAGGAGCGGUAAUAGGCAUCACCAGAGAGAUGCAGCCCGUCUACAGACACACCUUCUGGCAGUAUCGUAAGGAGAACCCUCAGACCAGAGUGGGUGAUCCUCCCCCUGAGGGGCUCCCGGGCUUCAACAGCGGAGUAAUGUUAUUGGACCUUGGUGCUAUGAGGGAGUCCGCUCUCUACAACCAACUGUUGAAGCCGAGCAAUGUGGCCAAGCUAGCAGACCAGUAUCGCUUCAGGGGCCACCUUGGGGACCAGGACUUCUUCACCAUGAUCGGCAUGGAGCACCCUGAACUCUUUUACCCCCUGGCCUGUGGGUGGAACCGGCAGCUGUGUACCUGGUGGAGGGAGCACGGGUACGUAGACGUGUUUCAGAUGUAUUAUCGCUGCGAAGGACUGGUCUAUAUCUACCAUGGCAACUGCAACUCCCCUAUCCCAGAUGACUGAUGUAAACACUGGACUGUAAAAGUCUCAAUGACAUUGCAAUAUCGUUCAAAGGAAAUAUGUUCCUGACUUUAAAGACAGUUUCCUAUCUUGACCACUGUGCUGCUGCUGUAGUCGCAGACUCUGCCCCCUGCUGGUCAAGGGGCCACUGAAGGGCCCACCCAUAUUCAACUUCUAAAAAUGUGGUGUUCAACUGUGUCAUUUUAAAAUACAUUUUGACACCCAGCCGAACACAGCCCUGUGUUUCAGGAAUGCAGGAGAUGCAAUAAUUGGGGUGUGUUUCUUCAGGUACAGAGAUAUAUGAUCAAAGAAGUUCAGUACGAGUAACAGAUCUCUUCAUUUACAGCCUAAAGAGAAGAAAUCCGCUGAUCGUGAUGCAAAAUAAUAUACCUGGAAGACGUUGUAGUAAUUUAUUUGGCCAUGCUGAAUGAUUUUGGAUUACAUUGGCAAGAAUGUUCAACUUGUUUGCAGGGGCCCUCUGCUUGGCAUACUGCUGAAUCAAUGCUGGAAUUAUCCUAAUUAAAUAAGGGGUGAGUGUCGGUAUGAAUGAGGCCUAAUGCUUCAUCCAUUGUCAAUGCCAAAAAGUAUUUUGUGCUUCAAUUGAAUGUAUAUUAUUUGAUUUCUGUACAUAUUUUUUUUAAGAAUGUAAAAUACUGCUAUCCAAUACAUUUAGGUGUAAGUAAUUAGAUUUUCUACUAAAUAACAAGGACUUAAUAUUGCUAACAAAGGUUGGAAUGUUAUCUGCAAUAAAUAUAGGGUCAGAAAAUCGUUAUAGCAAAACGAGUCUUGUAUGUUCUUUUUUCCCAGCACCUCAAGCUUUCCAUAUUGGCCCCUUAGGUCCCCUGUGUCAUCUAAUCUGGCACCAUUUACUCUCCUCUGUGGCUAGGAGAGCGGGAGGGAUUUAUUUCACAUCCGUUUGAAUUCAACACACUUCUGUGGGAGACACAGGGGGGGGAAAUCCCAUCAGAGAGUGGAGGAGUGGCCAGGGAGGUAAAGGAUAAAAAGGAUGGCUGUUGGCGCCAUUUAUAUAAAUAUUCAGAAGCCACACACACACACACACACACACACACACACACACACACACACACACUUUUGAAAAAGGAGCGAAGCUGAAUACACUGAGCCAUGCCCGAGUUUUCUUGCUACCCGGAUUCACAGAAAUGUUAACACUCGAUAUUCAUCAGUCAGGCAAUUGUCUGAGGUGGUGCACAUUAACGCACACGUGCACACAGAGGGAAGCAGCUUAAUGGCCUGCACCUUCAGUCGAGUCGAAGGUAGGCUACUGAAGACUCCUGAGAAUUAACAUUAUCCCAAAUCAAUUUGCUUCCCUUGAAUUCACCCUGAAGCAGGUCAAUAUUUUCUCCUGGCUCUUUGAGAACAACAGUCUUUUGUCUCUUUAACUCUAAAAGACAUUGAGUGAGUAAAUACUGAAAAACAACUCACAGUCCCUAAAUGCACUUUACAACUUUAAGACAAACACUUUAUUAUGAAGGUUGAUUAGAUGGUGGUAAAGACCAUUCCAAUGCUUUUGUAAAUGUUGGCCCAUAAUGUAAUAAAUUCAUAUAUUUAGCUUUGGAUAUAUUACCUACUAAUUGCUUCUUAUUUCUUCCAUGACAUUUGAAAAGACAGAUAUUGCUUGCCAUUUGCUAGUGCAUAAUCCUGUGGUGUUGUUGUGGAGCAUUUCAUAGUUAUUUAGAGUGGUGUAUUUGAGGACAGGCACCUGCUAAUUAUAGUUCAAAUGAAAUCCAGGAAAGAAAAUGCAGACUCAGAUGUACUCUCUGAAAGGUUUAAUGAAUCUGGAGUGUUCCUUUUUAAGAUAUUCAGCUACCAAGUCUCAACUCUCCUAUCAUUAUGAGCAUCUUUUGAUUCAGGUAGAUUACGUUGUCCCUGCUUUCAACUGCUCUACCAAUGUGACAAAGCAAUGCAAUUAACAAUUCAAUGGGAUGGAUAACAAUUUUAAAAAUGAUGGUCUUAAAUUACAAUUCCCUUUUGAAAAGCUGACUUUCAAAGCAUAUUGUAAAGAACCAAAACCACUGGAGAAAGAGAGACGGGAAACUAAUCUCAAAUGUGCGUUGAUCUGGUGGUACCAUCCUUUCUGGGUAUCCUUGUGCUGUUCAACUGUUCAAUCACUAUUUUGUAAACACUUUGUGGGACCAUAACAGGACAUUAAAUUCCUAACGAAAGUGGCUGUAAAGUUUCCUGGAAAUAUCUUAGUAAGGUAUUUACUAAUAAUAGGGGAAAUAAACGUUUCCGUGAACAGGCUGCGCUAUUUAUAAAGAAAGUCAAUAUUUACUCAUUUAUCAUUCAUCAUUCAUCACUCCAGUACAACGAUUCAGUGUGAAAAAGGAUGAAUGUGCAAUUACAUUUAAAAGGGCUAACAGAUGUUUGCACAUCAGCGUGAUUAUUGUUAAUGUUCCAUACCUCACUUAGCAACCAUUUGACUGAUUAGAAAGCUGCUGUGACAUGAAGCCAAACAUUUGGUAUGUGCUUUUUAAAAUAAUGUUUCAACUCAACAACCUUUCAUGUAUGCGCUUCCUGUGACACAGUAAACAGUAAACUUCCUGGCAAGUUCUGAUGUUUGUCUUUACAUUGUUUCCCAAUUUUGGAUUUUUUUUUUUUUUUGUGUCUGAUCAGCUUUUUCAAAUAAAUGAUAUGAUAACUUC